AAAACACACGCCGGACAGAUAGAGAGAGAAAGCAGGCAGAGUUUCUCUUCGAUCUACAGCCAAAUCUCUGGCAACACUGUAAGUUUUUAAGAAUGGAGAAUAAUUAUUAAUAAAGCUGAGAUUUUGAGAGAGACAAAAAUUUUUGCUUUCAGUCGAAAAACGAAGUAGAUUCCUCUGCAUUUGUGAAUCCUGAUCUCUCAAUUCUAACAAAGACAUUCACCAGGCUUUAAAAAGUUCUGGUUUCGUUUCGCUGUUUAAAUUCUCCUUCUUUCGUCGGAGCGUUGCAAGUUUAGAUCAAAGGUAAUUUUGAUUGCAGUCUAUGAUUUUACGUUUGAAGAAACUGUUUGGACUGAAUUAUUUGUAGAAAGAUUUUUGUGUGAGUCAGUGAAGGAGAUUUUCUCUGAGAAAACUCACGACUGCUUCUUCAAGAAUCUGAAGUCGAUUGCUUAUUACAGAAUUCACUUUUAGCCAGCCGUGAAAGCGAAUGCGUCUCCGAUCUCAGACGGAGGCGUGAUUUUCUUUUUAGAAUCUAAAUUUUGUAUGCAAAUCGGAUCUGAGAACAAACUAUUGAAUUUUCCAAAAAUUCAACACUUGAACAGUAAAUUGACUGGAGAAUUCACCGAAUCUCCACAGAAUUUCCCGAAAAACUUUCAGCUGGAGAUGGAGCUUCCUCAAUCCCGUCCCUUCGGAACCGAAGGAAGGAAACCAACACACGACUUUCUGUCACUGUACAGCACUCAUCCAACAGUCCAACAAGAUCCAAGACCGUCUCAAGGUAGUUUCCUUAAAACUCAUGAUUUUCUGCAAGUAGGAAAGGCUAGUGCCAAGGGAGAAAGCACGGUUGAAAUAUCAUCGAGUCUGGAAAAGCCGCUGCCUGAAACACCACCUGCGACUUCUGUUGAACAUAUUCUCCCCGGUGGGAUUGGGACUUACAGUAUAAGCCACAUUUCGUAUAUCAAUCAAAAGGUUCCGAAGGCAGAAAUAUUCACUGUAGCUCAGGCGAGUAGUAGUGAGAGACACGAUGAGAAUUCUAACUGCAGUUCGUACACUGUAAGUGGCUUCACUUUAUGGGAAGAAUCCGCAGUCAAGAAAGGAAAGACAGGGAAGGAGAAUGCAGGCGAUCACAGACCCAAUGGAAUAGAAGAGGCAGUGAAAGUGGGGCAGUGGCCGUCACAAUCGUCUUCUGACAACAGUUAUCAUCGCAACAGCUUCAACUCUCUCUCUUCCUCUCAACAAUCGAGGCUGAAGAGCCAGAACUUCAUAGAAAUGAUAAAGUCUGCAAAAGGUAGUACCAUGGAUGAAAAUUUAGACGAUGAAGAAGCGUACACUCUUAAGAAAGAGAACUCUUCUCCUAUCUUUAAAGGGGAAUUGAAGGUAAAAGUUGAUGGGAGGAACACUGAUCAGAAGCCCAACACGCCACGAUCAAAACAUUCUGCAACAGAGCAACGAAGAAGGAGCAAAAUAAAUGACAGAUUUCAGAUGCUGAGGGGACUCAUUCCUCACGGUGACCACAAGAGAGACAAGGCAUCAUUCUUGCUGGAGGUCAUCGAGUACAUUCAGUUCUUACAGGAAAAAGUACAGAAGUACGAAGUCUCAUAUCAAGGAUGGAACCAAGAUGCAGCAAGAUUGAUGUUAUGGCAGAGAAACAAUCAGAAGGCUGUAGAAAGUUAUGCUGAUCAGUCUCUGGGCAUGAAUACCGGCUCUGCCCCUGCAUUGAUGUUUUCUGCCAAUUUUGAUGAGAAAAAGAUACCAAUUUCUCCAGCAACUCCAGGAAAUACACAGCACCCAGUGGAAUCUGACUUGAGUGCUGCUACUGCAUUAACAAAUAAAGCAAUGGCCUCUCCCGUGGCGCCACUUCAGCAAAACUACUUCCCUCCGGUCAGGAGUGGCAGUAUGGCAGCUCAACUUCCUCUCAGGUUGAGAUCUGAUGUAGAUCACACAGCAUCUCAGCCGCAAACACAGUUAUGCAUUACUAGAUCAUGUACAAGUAAUGAGACGGCUGCCAGUAGUAAGCUGAAAGAACAAGAGCUGACUAUUGAAAAUGGCACAAUAAACAUCUCAACUGCGUAUUCUCAAGGGUUGUUAAAUACACUGACACAAGCACUGCAGAAUUCUGGAGUAGAUCUGUCACAUGCCAACAUUUCAGUGCAAAUCGACAUUGGAAAGCGUGCAAAUAGUAGUUCCGUCGAUCCAUCAAUCACUAUAAAGGAAAAUAAGGCUGCCUCCGGCAAUCAAGGAACCACUCGUUCUAGAGGCAGAAAUAGUGAGGAAUUAAAUCAAGCAAUAAAGAAGCGAAAAACAGAUAAAAGCUAGGUCAGAAAACUGCAUAGUAUUAUUAUUAUUUUUUAUAUUUUUGUAAUUUAAUUAAUUCAUUUUGGGGGGGCGAUUUAUUCCUGUAUUCUCCUGGUUUAUAAAACAGCCCAGUUAUGGAAUGUACAUGUAGUGGGUUUGAGUUUUGUUGGGAUGCACAGAAUUCCUAACAAAUAUUUGUAUCAAUUUUUAUUUUAUUUUAUUUUGUUGAACCAUUAUUAUAAAUGGUUCCUUACUAUUCAAA